AUGUUUCGCCGUCGCUGGUCGGGCCUCCCGGCAGACCCGAUCUUCGCAUCGGAUCUCAAGGAGCUUGGAUAUUUCAUCAACGACAUCGACGAGAUCCGCUCCAUCGAAGACCCCGACUACUACUUCAAGUACUUCCUCACCAAGAACGAGCGCUGGAACGAGCGCCAGCGCUUCGCCUUCAACGAAGCCGUCCGCAAGGAGAUCCACAAGCGCCUAGACGCCCACAACUUCACCACAAUCCCCCUCCCGUUGGGCACACCCCCCACCCAACCCCACGUGCCCAUCCGCACGACUCCCAACCUAGCCGGCGCAUCGCGCGUCGUGGUGUUCUUCCACGAGUCGAGCCAGUCGCUCGGGGUGCUCGCGCACCGCGUGAUCGGGGGCCGGGGCGGGGUGGCGCGGGGGUCGGCGGUGGGGCUGGCCGACGCGGUGAUGGGCAAGACGUCGCCGCCGGGCUUCGUGCUCGCCAACGCCGGCGAGCUGUGGUGGUGGCCCGAGGGCGCGCGCGGUCUCACUCCCGUCCAGCGGCAUAGAGUGCCGAUGGCGAGCGCCGUGCACUUGGGUCGGUAUCAUGAUCCGAAGGUGAAUGAGGUGCCUGGACAUAGGACGGUUGCGGAGCAUGUGCGGGCGGUUUUUGAGGCGUUGAUGGAUGGCGGGUUGGUGAAUGGUGAUGCGAAGCUUGAUGUCAUUGCCGUGGGCGAUACUGCGGAUGAGGUGGAGAGGUAUCUGAACGAUGACAAGGUGUGGGGGAAGAUUGGGGGCCGGAUGGGCUGCCUCGCGAUCCUGGGCGGCUACUACAGCUCCAAGGAGUUCAAGUGCGAGGGGUUCAAGCGGUUCAUGAGGGAGCGCGGCCGCGCGUACAUGAUCCACCACACGCCCCUCGACAACCCCAUCGCCGGCCCCAACGGCAACCCUGGCGCAGCUGGCUUCACCUCGUUUGGCUGCCCGGUCUUCAGCGCCGGCAAAGCCCAAGUCACCGAAACAAUACCUGUCGAGGCGCAGUCGGCGGUGCUCAAGUGGAUGCAGCAGGUCGCUAUGGAAGGCGAGGCAUACAAAAACGAUAUCAUAGAUAUCUUCGGCGAGGAUGGCGGCGGCAUCGUGACCGAGGGUAAUUCGUCGUGGUGGGGUGCGCCCCAGGCGGAUAGCAAUAACGACGGCGAAGCCGAGGGCCAGGCAAAGAAUACCAAGGUCGCAGAUGGCAAAGACGAUGGUACUGGCGGCGAGUCGCACACCGAGAACGGUAAGGUCAACCAGACCACCCAAGUCAAGAAGGAUGCUGCGCCGGCUAAGGGCACUAGCAACAAGGCCACCGGUCCCAGCACUUCGACCGACAGCAAAGUGGUUCCCGCGAAGGAGAAUGACGUGGCGGGCGUGGGCGGAGUCAACAUUCAUAGCGACGACAAGACUCCGUUUCCCCCGACCAGCGAGGGGCCCAACGCCGAGGACAUGAAGGAGCUGGUGACAGAGAUGAAGGAUCUCACGGCCACCCACUAGGAAGGCAAGAGAGCACCACUUCCUCUUUCACGCGAAGGCGCUCGGUUCAUUGGACUUGAUUUAGAUUAGAGCUUUAGCACUCUUGAGGCAAUUGGCGCGAGGUAUUGGGGAUUCCACAUACCACAUAGCCAGUACAGCCUCCUCAAUUUUGAGCUUAUCCCCCCCUCUGUCUCCCGCCCUGUGAGAUA